CUCCGGAACUGGAAGCAACAAUGUCGAUCAAUCUUGUGCUUCUUUUUCUUCUUCUCUCCUUCGCCACUUCCACCAUUAUUUCACAGUUGAAAGCUCUUCGAUUUAUGAAGGUAGAAUCACAGCAGAGGAUGAGUAAGGAAACAAUCACAACAGAUACGGAAAUCACGUCCAAGCAGGAAACCAUAUCAAAGCAAUCAAAGGCUGAUCCAAGGAGCAAUAGCUGCAACGGUCAAAAUAUUUAUCCAUUGAUUCGGAGUGCUCAGAUUAUGCAUCACCUUGAGGAGGAAGUGUCGCCAACAGUGACAGUGAUCAAAGAUGAAAAAGAAGUGCUCAAUCCAGAGUAUGAAGUCUGGCUGAAUAAUGAUGGGCUGCUUACAAGUUGGCUACUUGGAACUAUGAAUGAAGAAGCAUUAAGUCUUGUUGUUGGCUGUGACUCAGCUUUUCAAAUUUGGAAAAGCUUGGAGGAUCAUUACCUAGCUUCAACAAAGGAGCAAGAAAUGCAUCUCAAAGGACAGUUGGCGGUUAAACGAGGAGAUGGUGAACCUCUGGAAAAGUUCAUUAGAAAAUUCAAAAGAACUUGUGAUAACUUGGCUGCCAUUCGAAAGCCUCUAGAAGACUUAGACAAGGUGUUUCAACUUUCCAAGGUUGUUGGAGCACAAUUUCAACCUUAUAAUCUUGCUGUUCUAUCAAAAGCCCCAUAUCCUACUUUUACUCAAUACAUUGCAAGUUUACAAAAUAAUGAAAGAGACUUGCAAAAUGCAGAACAAGAAAACAAGGACAAAAUUCCAGUUUAUGCUCAAGCCUUUGUUACACAUAGGGGGAGAGGACAUCAACAUGGCAGAGGCUAUGGUGGUGGCAGAAACUUCAAUUCUAGAGGCAGAGGCUUUGUUCAAGCUGGGAAUUACCAUAAUUAUUGGACGAGCAAUAACAACAACAACAAAAGCUCAAUGGUUAACAAUAAUCCUCCACCACCGCAACCCAUGUCACAUAAAUCUCAAGAGAAGAAUGUAAGACAACACGAGUUGCCUCAAGCCCUUGCAACUUUAAGCCUAUUGGAAGACAAAGAUCAAAAUAUCUAUGUUGACAGUGGGGCUAGUGACCAUAUGAUCUCAGAUUUAGGCACCCUCUUUUGUGCACCAGUUGUCAAAUGGGGAAGAGUUUGUGAUGGUGGUGGAGAAUUCUCUAGCAUGGCUUUCACUAAUCACGUAGCAGAAUGUGGCAUUAAGCAACAAGUGUCCUGCCCCGGUACUCCAGAACAGAAUGGAGUUGCUGAAAGGAAGCAUAGACACAUUGUUGAGACAGAUGGGGAACUUUGCACAUAUCCUAAUUAUGAUGAGUGGUGCCAAUCUAAAUCAAACCUACAGCCAUCGAAGCACUUGGAUAAGCAACCAUCUACAUCUCAGAUGCCUUCCCGAUUUACUAUCAUCACUAAUGAGGGAGAGAACACUGAUUGCACCAAAGACUCAACAAGAACUGAACUUGAGAUGGCAACGGGAAUACCAAAUUUAUGUCAAGAAGAAAUUAACACUUCUUUUAAAGAAGAUGGUGUUCAAUUCCAUGGUGCUACAGAAGAAUUAGAUUCCUCUCAAUCACUUAUUGGAGCACCUAAUUCAGAUCACCUUAUAACAUCAAAUGGAAAUCAAUCAACUGGAACAUCUGAAAUACCUAUGUCAGGAGUUUCACCACCAGUACAUAAUGCUAAUUCAGUAUCUAAUCACCCUGUGAUGACUAGGACUCAAUCAAGGACUCAUACAGGACAUGUUCAAACUAAAUUUACCAAGCAUGCACAUACUAUGACGACUAAUGACUCAUCUUUGAAUCUUGUAGUGCCACCAACUUCAUCCUCAACAAACAUUGUUGGCUCUAAAUGGGUAUUCAAAACUAAGCUUCAUCCAGAUGGAAGUAUAGAAAGAUUCAAGGCACGCCUUGUAGCCAAAGGCUUUUCUCAAAUACCAAGGGUUGAUUUCGAUGAAACAUUUAGUCCUGUCCUCAAACCUACAACAUUACGCCUGGUCAUUGCCUUAGCCAUAACUCUGAAAUGGUCUCUUAGACAAUUGGAUGUGAAAAAUGCCUUUCUUCAUGGAAAACUCAAGGAGACAGUAUACAUGACUCAACCGCCAGGUUUUGAAGACCAAAAUAUCCUAACCAUAUGGGAUUUAGCUGCAGCCGAGCUGAUUCUUCUUUGUUUGUGCUCCUUAACAAUCAAGAGUACUAUUGACCAUCUUAGUAGGGAGUUUGCACUUAAGGACCUUGGGCAACUUAGCUACUUCCUGGGUAUUGAAGUCACACCCUUUGAUGGAGGUACUUUUCUUUCGCAAGCAAAAUAUGCCACCGACCUUCUUACUCGAACCUCUAUGUUAGAAGCAUCAACAAUUGCAACACCUUUGGCCACUAAAGAAACUACUACCUUGAGAGACAUGGAACCUGUGAAUGCCAAGGAAUAUAGAAAAAUCGUGGGAGCUCUCCAAUAUCUAACAAUUACUAGAACUGAUAUUUGCCAUGCUGUCAAUAAAGUGUGCCAGUUUAUGCAAAACCCUACUCUAGCUCAUCUUCGACAAGUACAGCGUAUUUUGAGAUAUAUCAAAGGUACUCGGCAUUAUGGGCUUCGUUUUUACUCCUACAAAACCUUGUCUUUGACAGGAUUUUGCGAUGCCAACUGGGCAGGCUGUGUAACUACAAGAAGAAGUACUACAAGGUAUUGUGUUUUUCUUGGAGCAAAUUGUAUCUCUUGGUCCUCAAAGAAGGAACCCACUAUGGCGAGAUCUACUGUUGAAGCAGAGUACCGUGCAUUGGCUUAUGCUACUACUGAAAUAGUAUGGAUUACGUAUAUUCUUCGUGACAUUGGAAUUUCUUUACCAUCACCUCCUCAAUUAUUCUCUGAUAAUAUCAGUGCUCUUCAUAUGUCUAUCAAUCCUGUAUUCCAUGCUCGAACAAAACACAUUGAAUUAGAUUACUAUUUUGUUCGAGAGAAAGUGGCCAUUGGUACUCUAGUGACUAGGUACAUUCCUAGCACUGAACAGCUUGCUGAUGUGCUUACAAAACCCCUACCUCGCUCACAAUAUCAAUUGUUAAGAUUCAAACUGGGUGUGGUUGCUCCACCCCACUACAGUUUGAGGGGGAGUAUUAAGGCGAAAUCACAGCAGAGGAUGAGUAAGGAAACAAUCACAACAGAUACGGAAAUCACGUCCAAGCAGGAAACCAUAUCAAAGCAAUCAAAGACUGAUCCAAGGAGCAAUAGCUGCAACGGUCAAAAUAUGUAUAAUUUCUCAUCUAACAACAUCACCGUCAUCACCAACCCCGCUACACCGCCGCAAUCUGUUCCAGUCUCUCCAUCCCCGUCACCAACAGAAUCCCCAAGUUCUCCUCCUAUGGUCCCUGCACUCUUUUUCAUAGGCGACUCUUCCGUAGAUUGUGGCAACAACAAAUACCUCGGCACUUUUGCUCGCGCCGAUCACCCUCCCUUCGGUAGAGAUUUCGACACGCACCACCCUACCGGUCGUUUUUGCAAUGGAAGAAUCCCCAGUGCAAUUUUAGAAAUUUUCAAACCUAAAAUGAUUGUUCCUUUCCUACCUGAUGUGUUCUUGGGGAAAAAAAUUAUCGACAAAAUUUCUUGGCAAGUCUUGCUUUCUUGGAAUUUCCUUGGUGGGAUUUGUUUCUUGGGUCGAAAGAUUAAUAGGGUAUUGACUGAAGGAAAAAGUGGACGAAGACCGGUGAAGACAGUCGUGAUUUUGAUUCAGUUCGUGUGAUUUGGGAGGAAGUGAAUGAGUUUUGGUCUGGCGUUCCCCCGAUUUCGACUGUUUGAGUUAGGGUUUUGUUUCUCUUCAGUUAACUAAUCAAAAAGGAGAGUUAUUUGUUCCACUCCGCCUUUGUUCUCUCGUUGUCCUUGUUUUCUUGUUGAAUUCAUUUGUUUCUUUGAAUUUGUUUCAGUGCCGCAAGAAUUUAUCAUAAUU